CAAUUGUCGUCCUCCACACCAUGAUUCUUGCCCGGCGUUCGGUAGCUUCGGCGCGGCUUCUGCUGCGAAACCAGCAACCUCGACGAUUUGACUCACACGCAGCUCACCAUGCCGAGCCUGUGAACGAAAGCUUCGGCCGUAGCUUCUACGUCGCCGUCGGUACCUUCGCUUCCUGCUUCGCGCUUUACCAGUUCACGAAGCCUGGGAAGGUCGCCGACUCGCAAUCAGCCCUCACCCGCCUCAUCGAGAAGUGGACUCCCUCGGAGAAGGUCUUUGAGGAGAGAAACGCGCUUCACACAGCUGCCGCUGAGAGGGCUGCCCGGGACCGCCACCUCUUCCUCAGUCAGGCACCCAGUGAGGUGUAUGAAUUGAAGAGCCCGGAAUCGAGCUUCCACCCUGGCCACCCGUACAAUGUCAUCGCUGGCAGCAAGGCUGACUUGAGUGAGGUCAUUGCCCACUACGAGCGUAAGAACCAGAAGAUCGAAGAGGCCCGCGUUGCUCGUAUGCAGGAUGGCAAGGUUGUUUCUAUUUAUGACUAGAUAUGGGUUUGCUGCUUUCGUGGAUUUCGCAAAAUUCCGGUGAUAGACUGAGAGUCAGGCGUGUUGUACAUAUAGCUAAAGUCUACGUUUCGUU